CAGCAUUCAAUCUGCCAUCUCAACAAAGGACCUUCUACUGAAACAGCUCUGCCUGACAGUCAACAAUGAAACACUGCCUUGGACCGAUGAGGGCUCACUCCGUCUGCUCUUCAAGAUACCUUGGACUCACCACCAUACUUUUUUUGGCACUUGCACCAUGGACAGAAGUGCAUUCCUGGUCUUAUCAUUACUCUAAUGCUACAAUGGACUGGAAUGCAGCUCGCGACUGGUGCAGGAGAUAUUUCACAGAUAUGGUGGCCAUUCAGAACCAGGAGGAAAUCGUUCACCUGAUGAACAUACUGCCGUUCAUGAAAACCUACUACUGGAUCGGGAUCCGCAAAAUCGACAACGUGUGGACCUGGGUAGGGACCAAUAAAAAGCUCACGGCGGAGGCAGAGAACUGGGCAGCAGGAGAGCCCAACAACGGUGGGAAUAAUGAGGAUUGUGUGGAGAUUUAUAUCAAGAGGCAGGCCGACCAGGGAAAAUGGAACGACGAGUCCUGUUUGAAAUUGAAAGCAGCUUUAUGCUACACAGCCUCCUGCCAGGCUGAUUCCUGCAGCGGUAACGGGGAAUGUGUGGAGACGAUCAACAGCCACAAGUGCCAGUGUUUCGAAGGCUUCAGCGGAGACAAGUGCGAAACUGUGGCGCAGUGCAAGGUGGUGGAGCAGCCUUCUCACGGCUACGCCCUGUGCUCGCACCAUUUUGGAAACUUCACCUACGGCUCCACCUGCGAAUUCCACUGUGAGGAGGGAUACCGCCUCCAUGGUUCUGCCACGACAAACUGCACGUCCACUGAGUUGUGGUCGGCGCCGCCCCCUAGCUGCAAAGUGAUGCAGUGUGAAGCACUGGUAGAGCCCCCGCAUGGCUCAGUGAGCUGCCAGCAUCCACUGGGCGACUUCAGCUUCCGCUCGGAGUGCGAGUUCGGCUGUGAGGAGGGGUACCAGCUGACCUCCUCCGGCAGGGUGCAGUGUGGAGCGCAGGGGCAGUGGAGUGACAGGCAGCCUCAGUGUGAAGCUGUGCAGUGCCACCCCCUAGAUGCCCCCCAGGGGAUCUCGAUGACCUGCUCCGACUCUGAUGCGAGGUUCAGCUUCGGCUCGACUUGCAGUUUCAGCUGCGCAGACGGCUUUCUGUUACAGGGCGUUGCCAGCCUCACCUGCACAGCAUCUGCGCAGUGGAGCGGGGGGAUGCCACAGUGUGAAGUGAUGCAGUGUGAAGCACUGGUAGAGCCCCCGCAUGGCUCAGUGAGCUGCCAGCAUCCACUGGGCGACUUCAGCUUCCGCUCGGAGUGCGAGUUCGGCUGUGAGGAGGGGUACCAGCUGACCUCCUCCGGCAGGGUGCAGUGUGGAGCGCAGGGGCAGUGGAGUGACAGGCAGCCUCAGUGUGAAGCUGUGCAGUGCCACCCCCUAGAUGCCCCCCAGGGGAUCUCGAUGACCUGCUCCGACUCUGAUGCGAGGUUCAGCUUCGGCUCGACUUGCAGUUUCAGCUGCGCAGACGGCUUUCUGUUACAGGGCGUUGCCAGCCUCACCUGCACAGCAUCUGCGCAGUGGAGCGGGGGGAUGCCACAGUGUGAAGUGAUGCAGUGUGAAGCACUGGUAGAGCCCCCACAUGGCUCAGUGAGCUGCCAGCAUCCACUGGGCGACUUCAGCUUCCGCUCGGAGUGCGAGUUCGGCUGUGAGGAGGGGUACCAGCUGACCUCCUCUGGCAGGGUGCAGUGUGGAGCGCAGGGGCAGUGGAGUGACAAUCAACCUAAGUGUGAAGCUAUGCAGUGCCCCCCCAUCGCCUUCCCGGAGGGAGUUACAGUGAGCUGUUCUGCUGACGAGCUCAGUUAUGGCUCCUGGUGCAACUUCAGCUGCAGCCGUGAUUUCAUCCUGCAUGGACCUGACAGCACCAUGUGUGGACCUUCGGGGAACUGGACCGACGAGGCGCCAUCCUGUCUAGCAGCCCAAAAGCUAUCGUUGACCCCAAUAUCAAUUGGAUUAACGGUCGGGGGAUCUGCCGGGUUGGCGGCAUUGACAGUCGCGGCUUGGCUACUGAAACGUCUGAGGCAAGGCAAGAAGUUCAAGCUCAGCAGCUCUACGGAUAAUGACGACGACGAGCCGCCACAGAGAUAUAAGAAUAGCCGUGAUAGCCUCAUUUAGAAUUCUAAUCUGUGCAGGGAUGCCGAGAAGAGCGACUUUAUUCUCUGCAUCGUGGUCCAGAACCAGUGUAUCAUUUUACACGCAGAAAUCAUGGGAAGAGCCCAGUGGGGAAAAGAAACCUGACCGUCACCUUAUGCUGGAUUAAAAGAACAAAAUAAAGUCAAGUAUAAAUAGAAUUAAACAACAUGGGUGUUCUGUACUCCCCAUGGGAGAUGCAAUGUUAAACACAUUUUUGUGUCUACUUUUUAAAAUUACUAUUAAUAUGGACUGUGUUAAUUAAAUGUUUAUACGUUUCGUACGGUGAUGCCAUUUUUUCUAAUGUACGAGAAGUUGUGUAUGCAAACAUUUUAAAAUAAACGCUUGAAUAUUUA